AUGUCUAUUGAGUUGAUGCUAAACGCGGUCAACAUAAACCUGAUCGCUGCGGCUUCGCACUUGGACGGCACUGGAAAGUGGGCCAAUUUUGACGGACAGAUAAUCGCAAUUUUCGUAAUCACCGUCGCUGCUGCAGAAGUGGGUCUGGCCAUGGCGAUAAUCCUGCGAAUGUACCGAAACCGCUCCACCGUGAACGUGGACGAAAUCAACCUGAUGAAGUGUGCUCUCUACAUGGCUAGGGCCAUGUUCGUAGUGUUCUACGGUCGCUUUGCAGAGCAGCACGAACACGUCCACGAUGCGCCCCCUACCAUGUCAAUCACCAUGGGGCUGCUGGCGGUGUUUGCGCUGGUUUUCGGAUUGGUGGCGCUGAAUUGGCCAGGUUCCUUUGAUGGCAUUGGCAAGUUCAUUUUCUACCACGAAGGGCAUGGCUUCGAGUUUGUGGUAUGGCUGGGAGCAUUGUCGACGGUUCUUGCCGUGGUGGCUUUUAUUUUCGGCUUUCUGGUUUAUGCCAGGAGAAGCGUUUCAGUGGAAGGUACGCGGCAACGGUUUGCCGGACUGCUGAGAGUUUUUGAGAACAAGUACUACGUCGAUGAAAUGUACCAGUGGGGGAUUGACCGGGUUGUCCUUUCCCUUUCCAGGUUUGUGGCUUGGUUGGACCGGGCGCUGGUGAACGACGUGGGCAUAAACGGCCCGGCUGACAUUACCAGGACUCUGGGCAACAAACUGAGAUACCACGUAACAGGCUACGUGUAUAGCUACGCGCUGGCAAUGGCCCUUGGACUGGUCGGGCUCGCAAUCUUUUGGUGGAUAGUGUCCACAUGA